AUGCUCGGAGUUGUUUAUCGAGACCUUAAACCUGAAAAUGUACUUGUUCGAGAAGACGGCCACAUAAUGCUCUCAGACUUCGAUCUUUCUCUUAGGUGUGUUGUUUCACCUACCCUUAUCAGAACUCACGACAGCGAUGCUUCAAAAUGGGCAGCUGGUGGUGCAUUUUGUGUCCAGCCUGCUUGUAUUGAGCCUACAUCUGUAUGCAUCCAGCCUGUCUGUUUUAUGCCAAAGCUUUUUUCUCAGAAAAAUAAAAAACCACGAAAGCCUAAAGCGGAUCCUGGCCUGACAACUAGCGCACUUCCAGAACUUCUUGCCGAGCCUACAUCAGCCCGGUCGAUGUCCUUUGUUGGCACACAUGAAUAUCUCGCCCCUGAAAUAAUCAAAGGAGAAGGUCAUGGAAGUGCAGUUGAUUGGUGGACAUUCGGCAUUUUCUUGCACGAGUUAUUGUAUGGUAAAACCCCUUUCAAAGGAUCCGGAAACCGAGCUACACUGUUCAAUGUAGUAGGGCAGCAGCUCAAGUUUCCCGAGUCACCAGCUACGAGUUAUGCCAGCCGGGAUCUAAUCUGA